UCCAUCACAGUUUCCACAUGCGACCUGAAACAAAAUUCCAAACCCAAACAAACCUAACCCACAUCGGACUCAUAUCCGGCGACGACCCACCGAAGAGAGAGAAGAUCUCCGAUGGGGUACACCACCGCCGCCGCCACCGCCACCACCACAAACACCACAGACGGCGGCGAUUCAGAGUCAAUCUCUCUCCUCCAAGCCGAGAAAAUCCCAAAAGACUCAUUCCACUUAGCCUACCUCAUCUACUUCACCCUCGGCACCGGCUACCUCCUCCCCUGGAACGCUUUCAUCACCGCCGUCGAUUACUUCUCCUACCUCUACCCUGACGCCUCCGUCGACCGCGUCUUCUCCGUCGCCUACAUGGUCGUCGGCGUCAUCUCCCUCCUCUUCAUCGUCUUCUACGCCCACAAAUCCGAUUCCUACAUUCGCAUCAAUGUUGGUCUUGCUCUCUUCGUUGUCUCUCUACUCGUUGUUCCGAUCAUGGAUGUGGUCUACAUUAAGGGUCGGGUUGGCAUCUAUGAUGGGUUCUAUGUGACUACGGCCGCGGUGGCUCUUUCGGGUAUCGCCGAUGCGUUGGUUCAGGGUGGGAUCAUUGGGGCUGCUGGUCAGUUGCCUGAUCGGUAUAUGCAGGCUGUUGUUGCUGGCACUGCUGCUUCAGGUGUCCUUGUUUCAUUUCUAAGGAUUUUUACCAAGGCUGUAUAUCCCCAAGACACCAGUGGCCUGAGACAAAGUGCAAUUCUCUAUUUCAUUGUCAGCAUUGUUGUGAUGAUCAUAUGUGUUGUUUUCUACAAUGUGGCACAUAGGCUACCAGUUAUUAAGUACUACAACGAUUUGAAGACUCAAGCUAAAAAUGAGCAAGAAGAGAACGGUGUCCUGACCGGGGCACUAUGGAGAUCAGCCUUGUUCAAUAUCGUCGGUAGAAUCAAAUGGUAUGGGUUUGGAAUCCUCAUCAUAUACGUCGUAACUUUGUCAAUAUUUCCUGGUUAUAUCACCGAAGAUGUCCAUUCCCAGACGCUAAAAGACUGGUACCCAAUCCUCCUCCUCACGAGCUACAACGUGUUUGAUCUAGUUGGGAAGUCUCUAACCGCUCUCUAUCUCCUCGGGAAUGCAAGUGUUGCAAUUGGUUCGUCGUUUGCAAGAUUAUUGUUUCUCCCUCUCUUUUGGGGUUGCUUGCACGGUCCUGAAAUCUUCCGAACAGAGGUUCCGGUGACAUUGCUGACAUGUCUUUUGGGCCUCACAAAUGGGUACUUGACUAGUGUCUUAAUGAUUUUGGCUCCCAAAACCGUCCAGCUGCUACAUGCCGAGACUGCGGGGAUCGUGAUGGUUCUACUCUUGGUUGUUGGCCUGGCAAUUGGUUCAAUCGUGGCGUGGUUUUGGGUCAUAUGACGCCCUAGCAGUUUCACAAUAUCCACAUAAAUCUGGAAUGGCCCUUCUGUUGACCUACUGUUUUUCUCAUUGUGUAAAAGUCUGUAAUCCUUGUGUUGGUAAUUCGAUCCUCUACUUCCAUACUGAAGCAAAGGGUUGUGAAGCUAUUAAGCAACUUGAAAAUUGUACAUUAGUAGCUAUCAUGUGGGAAAAUACCUCUUUCUAUUCUUUUUCUUUUUCUUUUUCUUUUUUUUACCUAAAGAAACAGGCCAUUAGAUUGACUUAUCUGUGUGGGAAUGUGCAAUCAAACUUUGAGGAUUGCAACUACCGCUUUUAUGUUUCUCUACUUGUGAGUUCCACUCGUAUAGAAAGAAGUUUAAAAUCUGUUGUGAUAUUUAUUACGAGAGUGUUGUAUAUGGUUC